UUCUCUGUCCCAGAAUGCAGUCUGGUAAACAGACAUGGAAGCACCAGGUGAAGACCUCCACAGAGGCUGAGCACUAAACUCGCUCUUUUCCACCGUCUUCUGUCUCCUUCACCCUGUGCAUCCAGUUGAUAUAUAUCAGCCAGGUGUCAGACUUACGUCUACAGGAUCCAGAGCCUUGAUUUCCUAUCCAGUGUGUGUGUGCCAGCCAGGAAUCACCCAAACUGAUGUGGAUCAUCUGAUUGAGUUUAAAGAUAAAUUCCUUGUUUCUUGUUUUGCCAAGGUAAGAUCUUGCUGCUGUUCAUUUCAAAACUGCAUUGACAUGUGGUGGGUUUUUUAUGUUUCCUCAUAGCUGCAGAAUAAUCAUACCUAGUCAUGUAGUACUUCCAUUACAACGGACCAACACCGAAUACAGUUUCUAUUGUAAAGUAUUCAGUAUCAAGGAAGUGUUCAAUUACAGCAUCAGUGAGUUGCAUCUGAGGAUAUGCUUUAUACUGCUUGUUGUAUUGGGCUUUAAGAUUAGGUUUUUCUUUUUACUAUAUGUGUAUGAAUUGUUUGAAUUUAAAAAAAAGGCCAACAGUGCAGCUGCCCCUCAGUAAGUAUCAAGGAAAUUACAGAAAUUGUGUAAUUUCAAGACUUCUAUGUUGGACUACCUAAUGUUACACAGGUCAUCGUUACUACAGCAUCUGUUCUCUGUAUGUUGCUUAAAAGAUCCAACAUCAGCUGGCUGAUCCAGCGUCUGCUAAUCUGCUUUGUUCUGUUCUUUGAACUCACAAUAGAUUUUGAUUAGACUCACUGGAUUAAAUCAUCUGAGAUGAUUACACGCUUCUGCUGUGUUUGACCAAGUGGCAAAUUUUGGGCUAGAAAAUGAAUCCAACAUGGAUGUGCUAGAUAAAUAAAUGGCCAUUUGAGACUGGCCCCAAAAGCAAGUCAAUCUUUACAGGCUGUUAUGUUAAAAUGUCCAAGUAAAUAACAGUAAGACAUCUUUAUAGCCUGGUACAAAUAAACAGUUUAUGCCUCAUAGACAGGUAAGCCUCUUUCAUAAUGCAUGGUCACUUUGAUUGGCAGGUGUGUGGUGCAGCCUAAUCUAGACUUUUGUGGUUCAGUUUUGGUGAGUGAAAUUCUAGUUUUAUUAGUCUUUUACUUAGUAGUAAUAAGCAGAUAUCUCUGUCUGUGUGCUCCAUCUGUACAGCAGGGCUGUUCUUCGUAAUACCAGUAAAAGUGUCAAAACAUCAGCAAUAUAGCAACACCAUGCAUUUGCAUCCUCCAGCGUGCACUAUAACAAAGAAAGGCCAGGCCUAUCUGAGAGUGAGAACUGUAUAUCCGUCUCUGAUGGUGAUUUUAGUCCAGAUAGUUACAAUCUAUAUGUCAGGAAAAGCAAACAGUGGAUGAGUAUUACUGAUGUAGCUAUGUUGUAGCUGGUACAAGGUCUCUUGGUGACAAUAUUGGUCAGGCUCUUGAUGCUUUACAAGGUUAAGUUAAUUGAGUUAUUGUUAAAUUAAGGUAUUAAGCAGUUAUUUUAUGAUUUAAAUUUUCUUUUGGCUUGCUUUGGUUUACAUUUGGACUAGAGUGCUACUGUUGCUGGCACCUUGUUUCAACAUAUUAGCACUUCAAUUAGGCAGUCUGUCAUCAGUGACAGUAACUCAUUAAAAAAGGGUGGAAAGUACUCUUUGUUUCAUUUAAAAAACAAUAAUAAUAAUAAUGGCACUGUGUGCAAACGGCAGUAAUUAAAAAGAAAAAAGUAUUCAGUAUUUUUUUUACAAUGUCAUAAAUAUUAUCUCAGAUUUCCUGGAAGUAUUCUGAAAUAAUACUGAGUCCAGCUAGCAUUAGCUGAUAACUUAUCACAUUACCCUUUCAUUCACCUAUGGGAGUUUCUGUCUCUAAAAACAAUAAUGACAUCAUGAUUGCUUGUUCCAUCUUUAUAUACAGUCUUACAGUCUGGACAUGGGUAUUGAUUCUGAAAACGAAGAUAAACUCAACAAAAGCUUGAUGCGACUUGAGGACCAGUGGGAGUGUUCAAUUUUUCACCUUACUAGAGCAAAAUCUUCUGUGAGAGGGCAAUCUGGAAUUAACUAAGAGUAUUUACUUAAAGGUGAUUUCAUAAAAACGGCAAGAACAUGAGGAGGGGGUCAAACUGAUAUUGUUUUUUGUUUUUAAAUGUGCUUACAGAGCAAAGUAAAGCAUAAGGUAGCCAAGUAGAGUAGAAAUGUCUGCUGUGAAUCACGGUGUAAAACUGAAAGGGACAGGAAAAAAAAAAUCUUAAAGAACAUAAAACUAGGGAAGACCAGCUGGGCUGGACUAGGCUCCAGUUGAAGAGUUGGCUCUCUACCAAAAUAUCAAUCACCAUAUACUGGAGUGUAUAGAAAGGGGAAUCUCUUCUUCCAAGCCACAGGAAAGAUGCAGCAGUUUUGACCUCUUUCAGGUACAGUAAGCUUGACGUUCUUGUGUGUGUCAGAGGCAUGUUGUCACUACCUUUGUGAUGUUAUUGCUUUUACUCAGCUACUAACAUAUGGUGCUAAUAAGUUACAUAUGCAAAUUAUUUCCUCUCCAGUGAAGCAGUAGUUCUCUAAAAUUAAUGAGUGAGGGUACGUGAAAGGAUGACGGUAAUCACACAGUCCUCCUCCUCUUGAAAUGCUCUUGUUAUGAUCAGUGCACUAAUUGUUAACUGGUUCCUCCCACAAGAAUGUCACAGCUAUGCUGGGCAGAGUUCCUGAAACUACACUAUUGCGAUCAUUUUGCUUUGACCUUACAGAUAUGAUGCUAUGGCAAUAAAGGCAACAGAUGUUUUGAAGAAAUGAAAAAUCUGAGGGCAUGUCAAAUAACUAUAUCCAGUUAAAACAUUAAACCAACUGGCAUCAAGGUUGUUAAAUUGACAUUAUUGUAGUUUCAGUGUUAAAAAAUGCUCUUCAUCACAGUGUUUGAGCACACACACAGCCAGCACAUUCAGGAUGAUGUUUUUAAUUUGCAUUUAAAUGCAUGAUGGUAAAAUUGGACUUUCAAACAGAUUUUUGAGAUCACAAUUUACUAAUACUGUUUUUUUUCCUUCCUUUGUUUGCUCAUUUUGUCUUUUCUUUUAUUUAUUACCAUUUUGUGCUAAAAGGAAAGAGAAGUUUUAAAUGUACUUGAACUAUUUAAGCUCUUCAUCACACCGUGUGAUCACCUGAUUUAUUUGAUGCAGCAGAAACCAAUCAGCAUUUGGUAGGUGAUAGCAGUCAGGAAGACUGACACCAGUUGAUACUGAUGUUCAUCUGAUAAUAUCAGUGCAUUCCUACACUAAACUCUGUACUCGAGAGGGCCAAGGCUUUUUGGAGUACUUGCCAAAUUGGAGUAAGAAUUUCAGGUAGAGGGGUAAAAUGGGUACACAGAGUCCAACACUGCAUGAUUAAUAUUAAAGAUUAAACACCAUAACAGAUGAGAUGUGCCAUUUAUAAGUAAUUUCAGUCAGUGUGUUACACCGUCUUUAUAAGACAUCUGUACUUUUCUAGGUUUUGUUUCUGGCAAGAAUCUAAAAGGAUCCCAGUUCUAGUUUUGUUUCUUUUUUCUCUCUCCUUGUUCAGCUUUACUUAGGCGAGCACAUGCUGUCUGGGUAGAAUGAGAAAUGUUUCAUUUUGAAAGUGAAAGUAAACUUGGUAGAUUAUAACAGACUUUGUAAAUCUGAAAUGCUUAGAAAUUAAAAGGUUUGUGCAUGUCAUUCAAAAAUCUCUGAAGUCUUGCAUUAAUACAUCUUAGACACGUGUUUAAUAGUAACAUGACCCUGUUUUUAUUUUAAAUGGAAUCUAAUGUAACUGACCAUAAUCCUUUUAUACAAAGUCAAUAUCUCUAAAUGUAUUUCUCUCAUAUUUUUCAAAAUAUUGGGAAGCUAAUGCAUACAUUCUAAACAUAAAGUCAUUAUAAUAUAGUAUUUCACUCAUAAGUCACCAGUAGAAAGUCUAUAUAUUGAUAUCAGCUUUAUGGCUCAUACAUUUAAGAUGUUAAAGCUCACAUUUUCUUAGUAUGGGAAGAAAACAAAGAAUCAAUAAUAAAGUAUAAAUAUGUUAUGGUCAGUCAUCUUCUAAUGUCACACCCACAAUUACUAAAAAAGUAUUUAGUAUAUCUUACAACUGUUUAUAUGGAGUCAAAUCUCAAAAGCGAUCCUUAUUAACUAAUAACUUGUGCAUUAAAUUAGUAUUAUUAUAAUCAAUCACAAAUUUGCCUCAAAGCACUGUAUUUGAUAGCAUCGUUAUUCUUAAGUAUAGUUUACAAUUAUUAAAUGUAAUUUACAUUUCUAAAUGAUAGCUAGCGAGUAAGCCACAGCCAAGGGAACCAGCAACCUUCAGCUGAAUCGCCAGCCGGCCUAUUUAUUCGACGUUGAACAGUAUGUUGUGUAAGCUUUGUACUUGUAACGUCAAGUUACCACACAGGGCGAUUUUUUUUUUCUGAGAGGCGGGUUUGCUGAAAACAACACGCGUAUGCCCGUGUCAAUCAGUAUAAAAGUCCUCCUAUCCCGAGCUCUACCAGCGCUGACUCUCGUGUUGUUACAUUGUAGCGGAAAGAAUGUCGGAAAGGGCCGAGGAUGACGUCAGGGGGGAGCAGCGCCGAGCGGCCAGGCAGCAGCUGAAGCAGCAGCAGAUCCAGCGGGGAGAAGGCUCCACAGCAAUGGCGACUGUUGCAGAGCGGAGAUCGUUGCCUAGUCCAGAAAUAAUGCUGGGACAGCCUUGGAGCAGCUGGGUCGACGCCGCCAAACUCCACGGCAACGACGGUGCUGAAUCGGAGGAAAGUUUUAAAGACUUCGGGAAAAAUCGAGAAGCCAUGCGUUUGUGCAGAGAAGACAUGUCCAUAUUUGGCCAGUGUCCCGCACAGGACGACUUCUACCUGGUGAUGUGCAGCCACUGUGGUCAGGUAGUCAAGCCACAAGCCUUUCAAGCACACUUUGAGAGAAGACACAGUUCGGCUAGCAAACCAGCGUCCACCUCGCCGUUUCCUGCGUCUGCCAGGAACCGGAGCAGCGGCAGUGGGAUUGGGCCCGGGGUGGGCUCGGUGUCCGUAGCUGCAGUGGCUACCGGAGGCAUCCUUGGUCGACCUUCAGCUGCUAGCUCAAGCUUACCCUCCUCUUCAUCAUCGUCCUCCAAUCCCAAACUUGUCAAACCAGCCAAAGAGAAGCUGCCAGGCGUUCAGCGAAGACCCCCCUUUGCCCCCUUCAGGAUGAACCAGCCAGAAAAGAUCCUUCCAGCUGUCAAGAUGGACAAGAUGCAUCCGAAGCCGGACACGCCAGCUAAGCCGGCGCAAGCUCCAUCUGCCCCCGCCACCACCUCAUCCUCCUCUACAUCCUCCUCUAGCACCACUGUGAGCUCCAACACUACCGCCAUCACGACCUCCUCAUCAGCCCUAAAAGCAGGCCUUAACUGUCCCUCCAUACCAAAGCCUCCAUUACUGGCCCCAGGCCAGAUUCCCAAUGGCAAGGGCCACCUCACUGUCCUCUCGGAGAAGAAGCAGGACAGCAGCAGUGCGAGUAGCAGACGUCACGUUAACAAGAAAGUCACAGAACGUGAGUUUAAUCCAGAUAUCCACUGUGGCGUUAUAGAUGUGACAUCUCGAAAACCCUGCACAAGAUCCCUAACAUGCAAGACACAUUCCUUAAGCCAGCGGAGGGCGGUGCCAGGGCGGAGGAAGCGCUUUGACACAUUGCUGGCAGAGCACAAGAACAGAACAAGGGAGCGGGAGAGGGAGCGAGAACUCCACCAAAAUCAUUCCCAGCAAAACCCCCCUCUCAGGGACCCACACCCCUCUUCCCACCUCACUUCUGGCCAUGAUGCCCACCAGGUGGCUCAUGGAAACGGCCCAGCCCUUGAUGCCACUAAGCCUUUGCCAAUUGGAAAGCCCAAAUUUCACAGCCCUGGUCUUCCACGACUAAACAGCAGUCACGGAGGUGGUAUUUCUGGAGACUCUGCAGCAGUCCACGAGUCGCUACACCAUCCCCAAAUGACCCCCGAUGGCUUUUCUAGACCAUCCAGUGAUGAGGGAGAGAAUGAGGAGCGUGAGGACAAUGCUGAGAAACUGGACUGUCACUAUUCAGGUUAUCAUCCACGACCGGCAGCUUACUGUACUUUUGGGAGUCGACUGUUUGGGAGAGGCUAUUAUUCCUUUGACCGGCGAUGGGACAAAGUGCGAUGUACCCUCACCACAAUGAUGGAAAAGCAUGUCAACUCCCAAAUGUGGAAGAAAAUCCCCUUAGCCUUGGAGAACUCCUCCUCUGUUGCACCCACCCAUAGGACAAGCACAAAUUCCCACUGUAGCACUCCCUCUUCAGGCUUCCUGGGCCCUCCUGCCACCUUGCCCCAGACUCCUUACAGCCAAUCCUACGAGGGCAAGUCAGUGCUCUCCUAUGGGACCACCUUAAAUGCCCGCAGCUCGCCGCAGGGUGGGGCUGAGCACCCGGCCUAUGGCACCACACAAGCCCGACAAGUGUCUUCGUCGCCGCAGAUGCCUUCAGCCCACUUGUCCUCAUCCUCUUCUUCUUCAGCUCCUUCCCUAACCUCAGGCCGGGUGCCUAAGUCCCGUUCCUCUGGCAGCAGCACUACCAAAUCGUCAUCAUCUUUUAAGCCCAAGGAGAGCUCGUCUGGCUCCUCCAUAACCGUCAUCCCCAACGCCACCAGUGGAGGAAGCACUGGAGCCAACAAUACCAGUAGCGGCGCUAGCUUCAGCUCGGGGAAGAAGAGGAAGAACAGUUCUAUCCUCUCUUCAUCCCAUGGCUCCACUGAAUCUUCCUCUUCCAAUGCCAACUUCUCUUCCUCCUCUUUUAAGAAGAACUGUGCAAAUGUCGGCAGCUCAGGGAGCACCUACCACCACAGCUCAUUAGGUCCUUCGUCCUCAUCGUCAUCCUCCUCCCAUAGUGGGGUUCACAGUGUGGGGCUUAACUGUGGGCCUACUGUGCGAACAAACUCCCUUAGCCUCAAGGCCGAGCUCUCUGGCAGUUCCGCCGGUGGCUCCUCUGGGCCACCAGCACGAGGUCCUCCCUCGGGCAGCCCUGCAGAGUCCAUCAAGCGUAUGAGCGUGGUAAUGAACAGCAGUGACUCAACACUUUCAUUGGGACCUUUUGUCCACCACCAAUCCUCAUCUGACCACCACACCAGCUUUAGUCACCACUCCUCAGACGGGCGCCUGGAGGCCAAGAAGCGCAAAAGCGCUUCUGCCUCCAGUGGCGUAAAUAGCGGAGGUGGGGAAGGUGGGCUCGGAGUAGGAGGUGGGGGGCCAGGACCAGGUAGACCCAAAGUGGCCAAGUCACCUGCCAUUAACAACAUCCAUGGGAAGCAUGGGCGGAGUAUACCAGGGACACCGGGUCUACCCAACAACUCUCAUUUACAUCAGCCAAAGGCUCGUCCCUGACAGUGGUGUCCGGCUUCAGUGUAUGAAACUGGCAGGCGGGCGGGAAAUAAUCCAGAGUGGUCCGCAUACUGCUCUGGAAUGCAUGAGGCCUUCUGAAAUCAAAUCCACAUUACUCUCAGCUUCCCACAAUCCUCAGGGUGGAGAUAAUUUGGACUGCCCAAUGAUGUAUAUGUGGUCCUUACCGUUUCUCCCAAAGCCAUGUGUGUGUGAGGUGUGGGCAGGGGGAACUGAAUGGGGGAUAGCGUGGAGCGCCAGGGAUCUAAUGCGCAAGCCAAGGAUCCCCCCCCCACGCCACUGUUGUCCCAGUAUUCUGAGAGGUCUUCCUGUUUGGUCGGAGGAACAAUUGCAACAGCCAUCGGUCUCUUAUCCUGUAGUUCAAAGGUCAUUGGGUUCAGGUUAAGGGCUGCUGCAACAAGCCGUCAUGACACUGAGCAACUGGGGAGACAACGAGCAGAUCUCUUCCGUGUUUGUUUAAAAAAAGAAAAGAAAAAAAAGAGUGUGUGUGUGUGUGUGUGUGUGUGUGUGUGCUUAUGUGUGUAUGAGUAAUGUUUUUUCUCAUGUCAAAUUCUGCUGGACUACUGGAAUUUCCAACUUAAUUACACCCCCAGCGCCUGAUCUCAGAAGCCUUGCAAGCAAAGCAGUAGGAGAAGCAAACUGUUACUUGCAAAAACCUUAAGAAAAAUACACACAAUCACCUUGUUUCACUUCUUGUUAGUGUGAUUCUCCCUGGCGACAUGUUGAGUUACCUCGGGUAACAUGCAGUAGCCUGAGACGAGCCCGUAGGGAUGAUCUGGUCACUUCUUUUAUUACCCGGAAUAAUUAUGCAAGUGUUACCUUUCUAUGAUUUCUUAUGAUCUUUUUACACUGAACUACAAUGGGGCUUUGUAGACCUGGUGAAGACGGUUGUGCUUUUAAAUGUGAAAAGGACACCUGAUGUGCCCAUUCGAUUGGAUCUUUUGUCAGAGAGGGAGAGCUCGGUCUCAAGGAAGCCUGUUAAUUUUCGGAAUCUUUUCAGCGUGCAAAAUGAUAGCCACAGUAGACCUACCACCAACUGUGAACAGCACUAAAUAACUACUUUCUCCACAGGCACUGCUUUAGUUGUCCACAAAGCAAGCCAAAAAGCUGCUAUCAGCUUUGCCAACUACUUUUUUUUUUUUUUUUUUUUUUUUAAAAGUAAAAGGUGGGCAGUCUUGCUUCUGAAGCGGUGAUGGCGCAUUUGUGGAUUGAAGAAAAUCUGUGCAAGCUGUAUAACUAUAGCCACAAGUUACUUACACCGCUGAGUGAAUUCCACAGCUGUAUGUGGGCAGAUGUGAAUUGUAUUUUAUUUUAUUUUUUAAACAUAGGGAAUCAGGUAUGGUACGUCUUAACUGGAGCAAACUUGCACGUCACCUGUCUUCUGUGGGUAUGAUUGUCCCUCCUGUGUGUAACCACUACCCAAGCUCUGGACGUUACAGUUUGAAUGCCUCGCAGUAACACUAUGUUCAGAAGAGAUUUGUCACAGUAGACGAGGCAUUGUACUCUUGUUCCGCUGUCAAAAUAGUCUUAAAUCAGGCAAUACUUGCCCCACUCGUUGGGAAAUAGCUUAGGUCAAGAGGUCUCGGGGACGAGCGUUACAGUGUGAGAUUCAUGGAGAUGGCUUCACUGGAUAUAGAUCUUAGAUCUUUUGGCAACACCUGUUUUAUGGAACCUCCACUGAUGUCAAUUAGUGUGGAAAACCUAGUACUUUUUCUUUUUUUUUAAAUCUUCAGUUAGCUUUUUUUCUUUUCUUGUAGCCUAUGUAUCAAACAAGUAUUGAAGUAUCCCUAUUUGAGAAAACAUAUUUUGUUAACAAAUUGUACAUAGUUCAAAUAUGUAUUUUUGCACAGGCAUUUUUUUGUACACGCAGAAUUUUUGGUACAAUUUUGAAAAAUUAUUUAUUUAGUAAAAAACAAAAAACAAAAAAAAGAAAGUCAGAGAACAUGACUAUUUGAAGUGGUUCACUGCCAAGUCUAUAUAAUGCAAUAUGCCUAUAUGUGGAAGCUGAAGCAUCUCAUGAAUCGUGUACUGGGAUCCUUUAGGGAAAGAAGUGUUGUCACUGUAGCAUGUGUCUGUAUGACAGGAAACCUUUAUUCACUUUUCAAGGUCUCAAUCACAUGUGCUUUUACAACACAUUUUAUGUUGCCUACAAAUUAACAAAAUAAGUUACUCUGUGACCCAAUUAGCCUGUGAUUCUGCGAUGUCGUGCAGGCUCGAAGCUGUGCCCCCGCUGUCUAACCAUCUUUCGUGGACUCUUCAGUCGUAACACUUUGUAAACCUUAAACACAUUUCAUGAUUGAAACAUGUUCUUUUAUUCCAAAAAAGAAAAUAGGCUGAAGGGACUUCAGAAAUUAUUGCAAGGAAUAGGAACAUUUUUGCGGUCCAACUGCUCGCGUCGUUGUUGCCAAACGAGUAAUUUGAAUCACAGCUUUUAAAGAACGCGUUGAGCAGCUCUUAAAAGAAAUAUCAAAUUAAGAAAGUGCCUGAAUUUGUUUCAUCCCAACUGUUUGAGGACAGUAUUUGUUGGGUUGUUUUUCCCCUUACUUGAAUGUUCAAAGUAUUUAGGGGAUUUGGCUUUAAGUCUGCCUCUGAACCCUAAAUGUAGUGGAACUUGAGCUUGUCAGCUGCCCAUUGCGAAACACUUGUUCUGUUUUUGUUUUCCAUUGAGAUUUUCUUAGCAUCGGUGUGUGGCCUAAGCCCCCUCCGGGUUAUUAGGGUUUGUAUUUAAAAACUUCACUCAAGUGUUUUGUUUACCCUCGAUCUCUACUGACAUCUCGACUUUGUUUCCAGUACAAGGAAACAUUACGAGGAUGUUUUCUUUCUUAGCACCGUAGACUUGGAAUGUGAAAGUGAGAGAAAAUACAGCUUGUCUGGGAAGAAAAAAAUAAAACCACCAUUCAUACUAUGUAAAA